AAAAAUAAAACUUGUGAUUUUUUAUGUAUUGCAGGUUCCAGCAGAGAGAGUUCCCGCAGAAGAAGUUGAAGCUGUCUUGGCUGCCUGGAAGACGAACCCUGGGAAGUUUCCAAGACCAAGGAAACGAGAACAUCCAAUCUUACCACAGGAAAACUUACGGAACAUUCUUGUUACAAGCGCAUUGCCGUACGUUAACAACGUCCCACACCUGGGCAAUAUUAUUGGAUGUGUUCUCAGUGCAGAUGUGUUUUCUAGGUUUUCUAGGCUCCGAAACUACAAUGUACUUUAUAUCUGUGGCACUGAUGAGUAUGGCACAGCCACUGAGACUAAAGCCAUGGAGGAGGGAGUAACUCCGAAGGAGAUCUGUGACAAGUACAAUGUUCUACAUUCAAAGAUCUAUAAAUGGUUUGACAUUGAUUUUGAUUUUUUUGGCAGAACCACAACUCAGCAACAGACUGAAAUUGCUCAAGACAUUUUCUGGAAACUACACAAGAGAGGCUACAUCCAGAAAGAUAGCGUUGACCAACUUCACUGCACUAAAUGUGACAAAUUUCUGGCGGAUAGAUUUGUUGAGGGCACAUGUCCGAUGUGUAACUUUGACGAUGCUAGAGGUGAUCAGUGUGACGGCUGCGGCAAGCUCAUCAAUGCCGUGGAGCUGAAGAAUCCCAAGUGCAAGACCUGCAAAAGCUCACCUGUGAUACGCAAUUCACAUCAUUUGUUUUUGGAUUUACCCAAGGUCUCCCACCUGGAUAAAGUUUUUGAGGCAGGUACCUGGACACACAAUGCCAAGGUGAUCACAAGUUCCUGGAUUCGAGAUGGACUCAAACCACGCUGCAUUAGUCGAGACCUCAAGUGGGGCACCCCUGUGCCACUUGAAGGCUACACAGACAAAGUGUUUUACGUGUGGUACGAUGCACCAAUUGGGUACAUUAGCAUUACAGCCAACUACACAUCAGAGUGGAAGAAAUGGUGGAAAAACCAUAAACAGGUGGAGUUUUACAACUUUCUGGGGAAAGACAACGUGCCAUUCCAUAGUGUUAUCUUUCCAGCAUGCCUGUUGGGAGCAGAUGAUGACUACACUGUUGUUAAACACAUGAUCGCCACAGAGUAUCUCAACUAUGAGGACACAAAGUUUUCAAAGAGUCGAAACACCGGCGUGUUUGGUGACCAAGCUGAGGAUACUGGCAUCAAGGCAGACAUUUACAGGUUUUAUCUCCUGUAUGUUAGGCCAGAGUCACAGGAUACAGCCUUCAGCUGGGAUGAUUUCCAGUUGAAAAACAAUGGGGAGCUCUUGAACAACCUGGGAAACUUCAUUAACAGAGCCCUCAUGUUCUUGAGCAACAGUUUUGGAGGAAUUAUGCAAGAAAUACAUGAGACCGAUGAUGACCUUCAGCUUCUUGCCCUGAUCACCCGAGAGUUGAAGUCCUACAUCCAUCACUUGGAAAACUGCAGACUGAGAGAUGGCAUCAGAAAUAUUUUGACAAUUUCGAGGUUGGGGAACCAGUACAUGCAAGCCAACAAGCCGUGGGUUCUUGCUAAAGGUUCGGCUGAGGAGAAAAAAAGAGCGGGCUCAGUUGUGAGUUUAUGUGCGGAGGUGUCCUGUCUGCUGUCGGUCUUGCUGCAACCUUACAUGCCGUCAACAAGUGCUAUCAUUCAGGAGCAGCUGCAUGCCCCUCCGACAAUCAAUGUCAUCACUGGCGACUUCUUGGCCUUCUUACCUCCUGGUCAUAAGAUUGGAACACCCAGUCCACUGUUUCAGAAGAUUGAAAAUGCCACCAUUUCUGAGCUGAAGCUCAAAUUUGCAGGAAAGCCAGAGGAUAAACCCCAACCAAAGAAAAUCACCAACAGUGCAACAAAUAUAAACGGUCUUUUGGCACCAAGACUAGAGAAUAUACCAGGAAACAGUGUAGAUGUAGACAAGUUAAAUCAGGCCGUCACUGAUCAAGGGUUAAAGGUCAGAGAGCUGAAAGCAGCAAAAGCAGACAAAUCAGUGGUAGAUGCUGAAGUGGCCACCCUCCUUCAGUUAAAGAAAGACUUGGCAUCAGCUCAAGGUCAGAACCCAGAUGCUGCGACAACAGGAAAAAAGAAGGGCAAAAAGAAAUAG